CUCCUACUUUGUAUGACAACUGUGAAUAGUAGAAAACGAUUUUUAGCAAUUAAAUUAAUCUACCCUAGAUGGUCCGUGUAUAUGCAUCGUAAUCUGAAUUUAUGUUUAACAUUUACAAAAUAUAUAGUUUUGAUUUCUUCUAGUAUUGCCUCCCUAUUCGCUUUUCAUGUGUGUUGUCAAAAUAUUUGGUUAAGUAAGUUAACUUACAUAGGCUAGUCCUGUUUUGAAGAAUCGUUAUGGAUGAUAUCAAACACAAGAUUUUUGAAUUUAUUUCCAAGCAAAGCAAUCCUGGUAAAGUCCCAAUAGUUGCAAGAUCAUUUGAAACAAACCAUAGCAAACCUGAUGCAACAGAAGAUAAACCUACUGUAACACUUGAAGAUAACAAGAAUGCACCAUCAGACAGUGAAAUCUUGGAGACAAUUCAACCAGAGUAUUUCCAAGAAAAUGAAUUUGAUUCUUCUUUGUUUGAACUUAAGAAACUUCCAGAUGAACUGUUUAGUGAAGUACUGGAAAAGGACUUGGCUCAACUCAAAAAACAACAAGUUGUUGUAUCAAAUCAGGUCCUUCAGUUAAUACUUGAAAAACAGUCAGCAUGUGAACAAGAAUUUAACCGGAUCGUAGAGGUGCAGUCGUUGGUUGGAGAGACUCUGGAAGUCGUGCAGCGUGGUAGGCAGGAUCUAGAAAUAGCUCGGAAGCAUUUCACAACCGCAAGCUUAGGUAUCCUGGCAAACUAUCGGAAGCGAACUAUUAUCCAGGAUCUUCUUAGAUCUUUGAAUUCCAUCAAAACAAUACAACUGACGGAGAGUAGGAUGCAGGAGAUGCUGGCUGCUGGAGACUUUGCUGGAGCCAUCUCUCUGCUGGUCGAGUGUCAGAGUGCGACGGCCUUGUAUCGUCACUUCAGCUGUGUGGCUGCGCUCAGUGGCAAACUGCAAGACACUCUCGUCAUGGCUGAGGAGCAGCUAGACCAGGCGUUGUCCGGGGUAUGUUACAAUUUUGACGAGUCCAUCUACAGCAAGUUGCAGGCAGCUUACGCUUUAUUGGGCAAAACACAGAUAGCUAUGGAUCAGCUGCACAUGCACUUCACUUCGGCUGUGCACAACUCUGCAUACAAAGUUGUGCAUGCGCACACACAGCAAGACAGCAGCAAGAAACAGUAUGCAGCUCUGUGCAAGAGUGUUCCAGAAGACAAAUUCAUCGUCUGCUUGGUGGAACUAUGUAAAGCCCUGUGGGGAAUCGUGCUGAGUUACCAUCAAGUGGUAAACUGGCAUCAGCAACACAACACUCAAACUCAUGUUGGAGAGGGGGACAACUUUGAGUCGUCGCUGUAUGAGCAGUACGUCCAUCAGAAGCUUGAGGCUGGACUGAAGCGGUUGUGGCAUGACACUCAGACCAGGGUCUCGCCUCUGUUCCUGGCCGCACAGCUCACUCACUACAAGUUUGACGAGUUUCUACAACUGUUGGCUAUAGUGCAUCGGUUAGAACAAAUAGGGGAAGAGUUUUGUGGAAGUGAGUCAGAAGAGUUGCAGAACUGUGUUCAGGCUCAAAGCAGCAACUACUUCCGACAGUACCACACCACUAGGCUGGACGAGCUGAGGAUAUUUCUAGAAAACGAAACCUGGACUCCGUGUCCUGUUAGGGAUGACUUCAGUCUCCUUCAUCUACAGGAGUUCCGUGGAGUGCGAGGUACGUUGCAGCAGCUGGCAGGUGGAGGGGGAGCUGUUUCCCGUGGCAGUGGCUCUCUAGAUGGCAGCUCUGUCGGUGGCAGUUUCUUCACUCGGUACGCCAAGCCCGGCAGUGGCACUCCGUUUGACUCUUGUCCUGACGUUGGCGAUCUGUCUCAAGACGAGAACAUUUUGGAUGUUACUGAUCCAUCGGGAUACUUCAGUGAAGAAAGUGACGAUGACCAUGCUGAGAUGAACGGUGACUCAAGUAGCAGCAGAAAUAGGAGAAGACAAGAGAGUUCGGGACCUCUGCUUACCAACACCACCCUGACUGUGCUCAGACAUUGUGGCAAAUAUCUCCACAUGAGCAAGCUGCUGCGCUCCAACUCCAACGAUGUUGUCAUCUGUCUCAGUCAGCUUUUCGAUUAUUACUUGUACGCCAUCUUUUCGUUCUUCGCUUCUGAUCUACCAUCCAUGGCUCCUAGUGGCAUUUUGUCCCUAAAACUGCAAUCAACAUUGAAACGCAUAAGGGAAUCUUUAACUCACAAUGAAAGAGAAACUAACGCAUGUGAAUUCAGGGUAGGAGAGCCCAGCAUGUCUAUGGUGGUAGACCUAUCCAGUACGGAGACACUACAUGGGCUGGCAGAGAGGGUGGUGGCUGUGGAAUCUCUAGUCUUCCUUGCUAAACAGUUCACUUCCCUCAAGCCGUACUUGGAACACCUCCAACCUCAAAGUCACACCCUCCAUGUCCUCUACAAUCAGUCAGUGAGUAUAGCAGAGGAGGUGCGCAGGCCAGUGUAUGCCUGUGUCGCAUGGAGAGCCGUGGACGUGAAGCAGACUUUGUCACUCAUGGCUCGUGUCAACUGGGAGGUCAAGGACGUCAUGAGUCAGCACAGCGGCUAUGUGGACUUGAUACUGAGGGAUUUGCAAAUUUUUAGCAUGAGACUAGAGGAAAUAUCCAAACACAUAAAGAUACCUGCAGCAGUCACAGACAGUUUGUGGGGCAACAUCGCUUAUCAGCUUGCAGAUGUGUUUGUCGAAGGGUUUGCAAGUGCGAAGAAGUGUUCGAAUGGUGGCCGAGGCUUGAUGCAGCUUGACUGGACUCAGCUAGUUUCUCAGGUAGAGAAGAUGUGCUCACUGCGGCCCAUACCUCAUAGAGAGCUGGUGGACGCAUAUGUCAAGGCGUACUACCUACCCGAGUCUGCUCUGGAGACCUUCGUGCGUGAACAUAACGAGUACUCUAGCAAACAGAUGUUGGCACUGAUCAGCUGUGCUUGCCAGACGAAUAAGAAGCUCCGCCAGAAGCUGACUGCGUUAAUCGAGGAUCAGGAGCGUGUCAACACCAGAUGACAAGACUGAUGUAGGGUAGAACAUUGUAAAUAUCCAUGUAUUAUAAUUAUGCUUCGUGUAUUAUUUGUAAAAAAUAUGUCAGACAUAUUAAUUUUUUAUUAUAGCACUAUAUGUAGUAUAAAUGUACCAUAUACAAUAAAAAUGUACU